GAACUAUCUUGGAUAUUACUCACACAAACUUGUUCUCCAGCUUCCCGCUCCCAAGCAUUUGCCCCGGCGAUUUUGUUUCCCUAUCGUUCCACCCAUCGUAUAGGGCUGCCGCUACUGUUCAAAUCACUUGCUCCGUACAUUCGAGGUUUAGUUUGACCUUCCUGGGCUACUUUUUGCUGCGCCCGUCUACAUCUACGCUGUCGUUGUUACACUGUUCCACACACCCACUCACCCACUCACCCACAGACAUCCAUACCUCCAUAGCUAUCGUCAUAUUGCUUCUCUUAUCCACUUCCGCUGGCCAGUCACACAUUCAUCCUUCUUCUUUCCUUUUAUUGCAACAUUGUGUAUCACCGCAACUUACCAUCGUUGCUCAAGUCCAUCCACAUUCUCGACUAUUCACUCUCCCGUCAACCAAUGCUGGUGCACUCCAUCUCGUACCUACUCCUUACCACAUAAAGUCUCCGUUCAACACUUCGCGACCCAUAUUGUUCCAAAGCCACCCACUCCGACCUGAUCCUUUACUGCUACAAACAAGAUCAGAUCCUCAUCGAGUCAUCGACUGUCCUCGACAAUCUACGAGACUUGCGCCGCACUGCACUGCCUCGAGCACGUUUGUCGACUUCCGCCCACUCGGAACAAGGUAGACUGUCGUCUGAACCUUCUCCACUAAUAAGCUCUGAUCGACACCUCUUCGACUUAUAUCCACCCGCAUCUUGUCGCCAACCCACAAUUCUUAUUUAUCAAGUUCACCACGACCACAGAGUUGAACCAUCCCCGCGCUCUUCCCCUGUUGUCGAAAUCCCUGUAUUUCGAACACGUCGCUUCGCCUCAAUCUCGGCACAUUAUCGGUUUCCGUCUCGGCUCUGCCCUACGAACCUGCGACGUUCCUGUUGCACGAACUGACCUACCACCAUCACCCAUCUUGUCCCGCCAACAUCCUCCCUGUUGUGUACUUCCCUGCUUGCCCCAGCACAAGGAACCUACCGGAGGAGCACCAAACCACUCCUUGGACGAACCCAGUCAAUCUGCAUCUCAUAAUGCUCUACCUGGACUCUGGAAACUCGAAACCUAGAUAACUCAGGAUACGCUACGUUUCGUGUUCCUUCAGAAACUCUUGCUACUUCACCUAGGGCCGUCGAGUCUUGAUCGCAUUCCUACCAGAUACCACCAAUCAAACGCAUCAUUAUUGAACAGCCCCCAACAUCUUGAAGGCUGAAACUCGAGAGUCCAUACUCGUUCCUUGCCCACCGACCAAGUGUCGUGUUAUAUUCCGCCAUGUCAUCACAAUCACACCAAAUGUUUUCGAACGUACCCCAAACGUCAGUCGACCUAAACCCAUCAUGGAACGACAAUGAAUUUGCAGCCACUGGAGGAUAUAGUAAGUAGCUCUAUGUGCACUACAUCCAGACUCCUGCAAGCGGGACCUGCCAGCACACAUGUCAUGUCCCAUAAUGCAAUCAUCUUCGCCUCACAGGGUAUUGACUAACGCUCAGCUCUAGUUGACAACUCUUCCAUGGGCGAGAUCAACAGCCCUGGCGGCACGAGCAUCGGGUAUCUCAAAUCUUUUGGUGGUAUGCAGAAGAAGACCACUCGAGAUGGACAACCAGCCAAGCGGAGAGGUCCCAAACCUGAUAGCAAACCCGCACAAACACGGCGGCAAGAGCUCAACCGUCAAGCACAAAGAACACACAGAGAAAGGAAGGAAAACUAUAUCAAAGCCUUGGAGUUAGAAAUUUCCCGCUUCCGCGAAAUGUAUGUCAUUGAACAAAACAAUGCUGCCGAGACGUUGGCCCAGCACAAAAUCAUCAUCGAAAAUCAGCAGUGUGAGAAUCUAGCAUUGCGAGAGAUCCUCGCAGCGCGAGGGAUCCAAUACGAGAAUGAGCUACAGAAUCGCAAAGCUGUAAUAGCAAUGCGCCCGAAACUGGAAGAUGCUUCCAUGACGCCUCCAUCAAUGGCCACUUUAAGUCCACCCUCCUUAGGUGCACAUUCUACUGCAGGCUAUCGCUCUGGCACCUCUGGACCAGGAUCCACAGCAGGCUAUUCUCCACACACUUACUUGAAUGGGGGUCAGAGUGCUGCUGGCCAUUCUCCAGGCACCACUCACUACAGCCACUCACCCCAAGGUCCCGAUCUUCAAGAGUUUGCUGUCAAACAAGAGCCUCGUGCGGUCCCAGACAUGCCAGGCAUAUUUGAAAAGGAACCCCAGCUUGGAAUUGAUUUCAUCUUGAAGCUCGAACAAACCUGUCGCGACCAUGGAGAAUAUCUAGUCCGCCGAUCAGUUGACUCGCCCGAUAACGAUACUGAAGCUCUGUUUUCUGGACACGCUUUGAUGGCAUCAUGUCCGCCUCCCAGUCAUAUCGAAAACACCCCAGCCCAGGAAGGUGGCCUGGUUCCCACCUAUGAGCACAAGGUUCCUGAUACAGAAUCGGUACAGAUCCUGACUAACCUUCUGAAUCUGAGUCAGUCCUUGCGAGGAAACGAAUUUCCUUCGGGCCAAGUGACCCCCAUCAUGGCUCUACAGUCAUUGAAAGGCCAUCGCAACUACGCGACCCUCACCCGAGAGGAUGUUCUUGGUAUGAUUGAAUCAAUCAAAAGUAAAGUCCGUUGUUACGGAUUUGGCGCCGUAAUGGAAGACUUUGAGCUUCGAGACGCUCUGUCAACCAUCUUUGCCACCAAACCGGAGACGUAUGACCAGUUCGACGGGGACAUGACUUCAGAGAUCGAAGAAAUGUAUUCGUGAUGUAUCUGGAGUGGACAACUGACUUCGUCAACGCAGACUGUUAGCGGACGUUAUUUUAGUGGGAGGAAAAAUUUGCUCAAGUUAAAUGUAUUAGAACUUAAAGAAAUGAUCAACCAUGCCCUUCUUCAAUAGA